GUUCCCUACUCGUGAGUAGCCCGAGUGUAGGCCUCUUUUCCUCUCCGUAGUUUCGUAGUUUUCUUUAAUUUAGAGUUAGUUGCUUUACUUGUCAAACCUAGUCAAAUGAAAUGAGCCAGGUUAAACUCUAGACCCAAGAAAAACCAAGAAAGUGCGUGGACUUCGUUUGUUCUUGUUUGGCCAAUUAUUAGGAUGUCGAACAAGAAACGGGCAUGGUCUGGUCCUCUGAUUUCGCUUGUCGUUUUAUUUUAUUUAUUUUUUUGUCUUUCCUUUUCUGUCAUAAGAAAUAAUGUCCAAAAGAGGGUAAAAAUUAGUCACUGGGGAAAAUUUGGUAUAAAAUCUGGAAUUUCUCCGGAUUAAAGGCCCGUACGGGGUCGGGCCUGGGAUAACCAUUUGUUGGCAGCUAAAUAAAAACCCAACAUGGAAAGGUGGGCUUUUUUUGGUACUUAUAAAUAUAUGAAACGAGAAAUCAGGAGCAACAAAGACGUCAUGAGUGUGAUGUUUUUACAAUCUUAUCGAUACACCAUGUUUUUACCCGUGUUUUUUUUCGACUACAGCCACACACAUCUUCUCUUCAUCCGGGCAACGGAGUGCUUUAGGUUAUGACGUCAUGGGGUGUUUAGUAAAACGUCACGUAUUCGCGACUAGAUUUAAAAAUAAUUGAAAAAUAAUGUCUACCAGGGAUGUGGUACUUAAGAGCUGGGGGAUAUCAUUGGUUUUACAGGGGAAUACUUUAAAGUGUUUAUUUUACCUAAAAAAAAUGUCAAGUAAACGAACCGUUGAAACAGAUUUAUUAUUUUCCAAAUAUGGUGGCUGUGACGUCAGAGUGACGGUAGAUGUCACAUGAUCCCUUCAAAAAAACAAAAAUAUCGCUCCACUAAAAUAUUCCACUGGCUAGAAUUUCAAGUUUCUCCCUAUUUUUGUCAAAUUCUCAACUUUAGAAACGGGUGAAUGAUUUGACAUUUAUUGGACUGCUGUUCGUAUCUCAAGUUGUUGUCAUUUGGUAGAAUUUUUGCUGUUUUACGUACAGAAAGCUUCUUGUUGCGGCGAAGGAGUCGAUUGUAGUGUUUAGCCAAAUUUUGACCAUGGUCCAACUUAUAACUGUGUUUUGACGACAUAUCCCAACCGAAUGGUAUAUUCACAGCCUGUAAAGCAAGACAUAUAAAGCUUUCACUUAUUACAUCUGGUAAACUGCUACUAAAUUACUGACUUGGUCAGCUCUCGACGUUACAUAAAACACAAAUCCUUACUACAAGUUUUCAAGAGCCUACGACUCGUUGGUUCAACUACACUUUCGCCGUGGCCAAAACAAAAACUCUGCAUAUCUUUAAAGCAAGCUCUUGACAAAGAUAAAUGAGAAGAGGAAGACCAUAGAAUGGCUGCUGAGACUGUUGUAGAGGAAAAGGAAACUGAGAAUACACCAAGGGAACAAGUCCGCCCUGACUCCUCCCUCAGCAGACAUUCGUCAACAAGUAGCAAAAAAAGCUACAAAAGUCAUGACAGAGGUAGAUUCUCCUUAAGGAGGUUGUUUGGUCGAUCAAAGAGCUACAAAGGGGAGAAGAAACCAGAAUCUGUUGUUAGGAAACCAAGUGGGGAAUCCUGCGUUAUUUGCCCUGUGUGUUACGCACAAAGGCCACGCUCUUUGUUCCCUGAUAUAUCGACAUGUGAACACAGGUCCUGUAUUGAAUGCUUAAGGCAGUAUAUGACUAUCGAGAUCAAUGAAUCUAGAGUCAAUCUAACAUGUCCAGAAUGCUCUGAGAGGUUCCAUCCCAAUGAUAUAAAAUACAUUCUAAAUGACGAUACAUUAAUGAACAAGUAUGAUGAAUUUACACUUAGAAGAGUGCUAGUUUCUGAUCCGGACUGUCGAUGGUGUCCAGCGCCAGAUUGUGGGUAUGCGGUCAUCGCAACUGGCUGUGCAAGCUGUCCUAAACUACAAUGUGAGCGUCCUGGCUGCAAAACUGAAUUCUGUUACCAUUGUAAGCAACUAUGGCACCCAAAUCUCACUUGUGACAGUGCAAGGUAUCGUCGUGCUACAUUGAUACGUACACUUGUCUCAGAUGUCCAUCAGAGCUCACACAGUAGCAAUGACGACAUGAAACCAUGCCCUCGCUGCAGCGCAUUCAUCAUUAAAAUGGAUGAUGGGUCUUGUAACCACAUGACAUGUGCCGUUUGCGGGGCAGAGUUCUGCUGGCUGUGUAUGAAAGAGAUUUCUGAUUUACACUACCUCAGCCCUUCUGGUUGUACAUUCUGGGGCAAAAAGCCUUGGAGUAGGAAGAAGAAAAUCCUCUGGCAGAUGGGGACGUUAAUAGGUGCUCCCCUUGGAAUUGCCCUUGCAGCGGGCGUGGUCUUACCCGCCAUGGUCAUAGGAAUUCCUGUCUAUGUAGGCCGUCAGAUUCGUGACAAAUAUGAAAAGCCCUUCCACUCUGCCCGUAAGCGCAACAUAGCUAUCACUGGAGGCGUCACAAUAUCUGUACUUAUCUCACCAAUACUAGCAGCCCUAACCGUAGGCAUAGGAGUACCCAUUGCGCUAGGCUACAUCUAUGGUGUGGUGCCUGUGUCCCUGUGUCGAAGUGGCGGAUGUGCCACUGUCAUGAGCACCAGAAAUGGGCGUGGCGUUAACCUGGACUUUGAUGAGGAGUCAGAACCACCCCCAGGUGGACCUGGUCCAUCAACCUUUCCGUUUGGUGUGUCCAGAUCAAGUAGCCGUGUUAGUGUGAAAAAUGGAGAUAGGUCCAAUGGCAAAAGUAGUAUGGUUACUGUGGUUGCUACGGUCAAUAACACAGACACAGAAAGUGGAAAACAGCCAAGUCUAACCAUGAGCCAGGAUGCAUCUAGUCUAGACAGUCAGCCCAUCAGCCAAAGGGUCAUUAACGACAAUGAUAGCCACGCCUCCCUCUUCCCUGCACCUCGCAGCUGCACAGCCAGCAUAACAAGCAGCUUUGACAACUUUAACGUCAACGCCUCGGAAAGCAUAGCCUCAUCAUCAAUAGCAGAGGUGAUGGAUAAUGACUCUUGCUGUGUAGAUCAGUAUAGUUUACCCAGUAACCAUGGUAAUGUGGAUAAAGACAAUUUAUCAGUGCUUGAAAGUGUUGGAAGCCAUGAUGAUUAGAUAUUAAUUUGUAGACUAUUAGCUUUGUGCAGAAUCUGUAGAGAGGCAAGGGGGUAGUAGCCUACGUGUAGCCACU